AUGAAGCCGUGGGCUUUGACUGGAACCGAUAAGCAUGGCAACACUGUCCCCGUCGGGUCUGGAUGCCUCGAGUGCGCCACUGUUCACAGAGAGUCGUGGGCCAUGGAAGGGGCUUUUUCGGAAGUGAGCAAGGAGUGCCGCAAUAACGACGACACCAACAAGAGGUUCGAUGAGAGUGCCGCUGUGAAGAGGGGUGACAAGGUCAAAGGCUUCGACGAGGUGGACAUCGAUUCUGACAGCGACAUUGGCGUGGAGGUGUCACAGGACUGCGUCGGCCUGACCAUCCCUCAGUUCAAGGAGAUCACCGAUGGCCGCGAGCCGCCGGAGGCAGGGCUCAAGAUUCAAGACCUGGUGGGGCCCAACGGCGACAAGUUCAAGGGCGUGCUCAUGAAGGGUUGGAAACAGCCGUACGUGCGCUUCAGGUUUUGCAAGCGGCCGACCCUUACGACCAAGCGACAGAAGUUGGACAAGCACAAGCAUUACCGCGCAGAGCAGCCUGGCAUGGUCAUCAAGGCGCUGCACAAGGGCAGCACUAAGUGGAGUUCGAGUCGCAGGAAGCUGGCUGCGGCGCUGUCAAUGGAGGCUCUGAGGAAGAAGCUGGGGCAGUUGGUCGAGGAGGCGGCGCCGUUGCCAGUUCUUGGGGGCGACGAUGAGGAGUCCGACGUGCAGGUGGACAACGUCACCAGCCACGUCCAUGGUGCGGAGUUGAAGACGCCAGACAGCAAGGGCAUCAGCAAACCAAAGUUCAACAGCGGCAUGUCGACUGCCCGCCGCGGGACAACGAGGAACCCGUUCGGCGACUCUGGCGGCGGAGAGUCUCAAUGUGGCGACCUGUGCGGCACGAGCGUCUGGGAGCACAACAUCGUGAAGUACGACCUCGUCGCAAUCCUCUCGGGCCAGAAGAUGGGCAAGGAGCGCAGGAGGUUGAAAUACUGGAUCGACGCCAACAGCGCCGACACCACCCUGAAGAACGAACUCAACGCUUGCAACCAGCACUACGCCAUGGGUAAGAUAGCGGAGGAGCUUUCCCAGCCGAAAGAUAUCGUGACCAUGCCGAUCGACAGGCUGAAGAAGCUCGUGGGUGACCUGGUCGAUCAUGGCGUGGACUUCCCCACGCCUUUCCAGGCGAAGCUGCUCAGCAGGGAGUGCGCUGACUCGCCUGCGUUGCUUGGCGGCGGGGUAGACAACUUGACGCAGUUCUUGAAGGUUGUGGAGCCUUGGGGUAAGCAGCGCGGCGGCGAUGGCGGUGACGCUGGUGCCGCUGAUGGCGCAGCCCCUGCUGCUGAUGCAGACGGCGAGGCAUUCAAGUUCAACGCGAAGGCCCCCGCAAUCAACAUUCUCGAGGGCUCCACCAGGGAGAAGUCCUUCAUGUUCAUGGACUUCUUCGCUCGGCAAUUCCUCGCAGGCUACGUCGUGGCGCGGCUGGUGGAAAAGAAGGACCUCAAUGAGACCGUGACCAGUAUCAACUUUGUUUUCGAUCGUUGGGCCGACACUGUGGGUAUGGAUGACGACGUCGCCGAAGCAGUUCUCAAGCUCCUCACUUGCCUUCGAGGUCUCGCGUGCUUGUUGGGCCCUCUUUCUCCAGUGGAGCAUUGGGGCGACUACCUGGACCUCCUUCGCACAGGUUGUAAACGUGCCAUGAAGGACCCGCGGGCUCAGUUGGCGACGGCAUUGAAGACAGAGAGCGCCACGAAGGAUAUGGUCACCACUUUGAAGCCCUACAUGGACCAGACGCGGAAGCUCCGCCCGUUGAUCGAAAACAUGAGUGCGAAGUUGCGUGCAGGUGAGGCCGUGACCACGCAUGGCUUGAUCACAAUGGCGAAGGAGCUCUCCACGUUCAUGAAGGAGGUGGACGCAGAGGCGGCCGAGGUGAAGCAGGCGGUCGAUGACAUGGCGUCGGACAAGUCCUCCCCCGUCGCCGCCGAUGGCUUCUGGGAGUGCCAGCGCUCCUUGUUCGUUGCGGUUCACAGCCGCGUCUCGUUCGGCGGCGAGUGGGCGGACACCCUCAAGCAGAUCAACGACAUCAUCCCCGUCCUGGAGACUGGCAUGGCUGCCGCGGCUUACCUCAAGGACUUGGACUUGUUCUUCUCUUGCGAGGCCCUUGCUUCCAGUGACGAUUGGCGCCUCAUGGCGGCAAACACUGUCACGCUCACUCAGCAGGUCUACCCAGGCAUCGACCCCUCGACGAAGGAAAGCGCCAAGCAGAGGGUGAUCGCCAAGGCGUUCAUUGUAGUGGAGCAGGCCCGCCUUCUCGAGAAACUCGCCAACCACUUCGGUGCGGACAGCGCCGUGUACAGGGACCGUGCAGUGACGCAGGCUGGGGCGAAUCUCAUGGCGGAGACCAUCAGCCUUGCGAAGGCUAUGAGGUCGAUGAGGUCCGAGCUGAAGGAGCACGCGCCCGGGCCCAUGAAGAGCAUGCUUGACGACGAGAUCACGCCGACGUACAUCAGUGUUAUCGGCACUGCCGUGGUCGGCUAUUACAAGGACGCGUUCGACGAAGAUGUGGCGACCAUCAAGUGGGAGGACAUCGCAGGCGGAGGCGCAGAUGGUGCGAUGUGGUACGCUGCCGCUGCCAACGAGGACACCAUCGAGGAGUGCGCGACGGCGGCUGGUGCCACGAUCUUCACCUACUCGCCAGAGCAGCGGGAGAAGAUGCUCGACGAGUUGGUUUCGAAGCACGACCCCCUCCUGAGAGCCGCCAAGUUCUGCGACGUGGUUUCGGGACCGACGAAGACGAGCAUCGACCUCGGCGAGAAGUUGUUCCGCAUGGCCAGGGCGGCGCACUACGGUGGCAUAUUGGCCUACAUCGGUGCCGACACAGACAGGUCCGACAUGAGUAAGGUGCGGAAGCAGUGCACGGAUCCGCUGGCGCAGAUCAAGAAGUUGUCGCUCGAGGAGUUCGUGCCAUCGGGCCUUCUGGAGAUGGCGCGCAGGGCCGUCAAAAUGCAGAGGGUGACCUAG